UUGGGCAGUGAUUGGCGAUUUCAACGAUAUCCUUCAACCUUCAGAGAAAAAAGGUGGUAACCCACAACCAAGAUGGCUGAUAGAAGGGUUUCGAGAUGUAGUCGAUCAAAGUGAGUUCUCUGAUUUCUCCUUCGAGGGGCACCAAUACACGUGGGAAGCCAAAUUGGAUCCAAGCUAAACUCGACAGAGUAUUGGUUUCGGAUGAAUGACGUGACCGCGUGAGAAGUUCGGGGGAGCUAGGCGCAAUCCUUUGUAUCCUCUAGAAGCGAUCAUAUUCCGUUGUUGUUACAGGUGAUUCGGGAUCAAGUUCGACAGCUUCCGCAGCGCUUUAAAUUUGAAAAUCUUUGGUUACAAGAAGCAAGGUGCCGGGAGGUUGUAAUUGAAAGUUGGAAUUCGUCAAUCGGGAUGGAUUUAAUUGACCGAAUUGGGUAGUGCAUGAUUGCGAUUUGGAGAUGGGGAAAAAUUUUCACAAAGAAUUUCAGAAGGAGAAUUCAAUUUUGGGAGAGACGUAUGGAGUUGUUGAAGAGAAGAGCAGACAUGCAUGUGUGUCUUAUGUUUCGUGAAGCACAAAUUCAGCAUCAAAGAGUUAUUGAACACCAGAAUAGCUACUGGAAACAGAGGGCCAAAGAAUUCUGGCUGAAAGAUGGGGAUCAAAACACAACCUUUUUCUAUAAUUCAGUCCGGAAGAGGCGACUCAAUAACCAAAUUUUCAGGCUUAAGAACGAGCAAGGCAAGUGGGAGGAGAAGGGGACUGCUUUGAACAGCCUUAUCAUAAGAUUGAUAACUGAUAACCGGCGGAAGCAGCAACGGAUUGGCGAAGCGGAUCUGUCCUCCCUCUCCCCGGCGACGUCGUCGAUCUUCGAUCGCCGUUCACGGAAACACACGGCAGGGGCAACGAAAAACGAGAAAAAAAAUUAAACAACCAACAAUUA